AAACUUUGUGCAGAGAGGACAAGAAAGCACCUGCUUCCAGCGAAGAGGUGGGGAAAACACUCCCGUGAAAAGCUACAACUUGCAGUGCUUGGUCCUUCAAUCUUAUAUGCAAGAGGCUGGAUUACUGUGAGCGUGUGCACAGGAUACUUUGAUUACCAUUUAGUGUAAAUGUUACUUUUGCGGUUUUACUUUUUUUUUUCCCAUUUUGCCAGGAUUCUGAUCCAAAAGCCAACAUUAAGAGGGGACUGGUUGAGUGGUUGAAGCGGCUGCUGAAGUAAAUGGUUAAAUAGAUGAAGCCACUUGUUAUAUGUGUGUUUUAACCAUGAUAGUUUUCACUUCUGCAUCUGCAGCGCAGUUUAAUGGACCGCAGCGUGUUGCCAGGUCUUUCUGCCACUGGAAGGGCGUUCCGGUUUUAACAGACAGCGGAAAACCGCAAAGAGGGAAGACGAUAUAUUCUGAAGAAAUUUCUGCACAUGGAUUAAAGUGAUUGGAUCAUAAAAUAAUUUAUUUCUUCAGAAAAGCUUUAAUCUGAUUUGGAUCAUCAGUUGUAAAAGUUGGUCUGAAACUGAAGAUUAAGUAAAGCAAACUGAUGCUUAAGAAGGGAUGCCAGCCAGGCGUGGCUUGAAUCUGGGUGUCCAAUGUGAGAAUGCGUGGGGAGUAUGUAUAUAUUAGAGUCUUUCCAUUUGAUAAACACAGAUAUCAAACUCAUGAUUAUAGCAAAGGAGUAUCAAUAAACUGAGAGGACUUCCCUUACUUUGGAGGAGCACGGCGCACCGGGGACGCUCUUUUUUCCUGCGUGCAUGGACCGGACUUGUGUGUAAACUUUUCUCCGUCUCUCGGUAACUCGCUGCACAUACAUCUCAAAUGCCUCCGCUUAAUGUGACAGCUGUGCAAACGAUGGCAGAGGUCGGGAGUUUUCUGGGGACGCUCGACUUGGAUUUACAGAGCUUCCCCGCGCUGGGAAGCGCACCCUUGCCUGAGUCUCCGGCGGGGCUGAGCGAGCGGCUGGGGCAGAUCGAAGGCAGGCUGCAGCAGGGGUCGCCCACAGACUUCGGCCACCUUAAGGGGAUCCUGAGGCGGCGGCAGCUCUACUGCAGGACUGGCUUUCAGCUGGAGAUAUUCCCCAACGGCACCGUGCAUGGGACAAGGCAGGACCACAGCAGAUUUGGUAUCCUGGAAUUCAUCAGCCUGGCAGUGGGGCUGGUCAGCAUCAGAGGGGUGGAUGCUGGACUCUACCUGGGCAUGAAUGAGAAAGGAGAGCUUUAUGGAUCAAGUAAGCUUACAGCAGAAUGCGUGUUCAGGGAGCAGUUUGAGGAGAACUGGUACAACACCUAUGCUUCAACCCUGUACAAGCACACAGACACUGGGCGCUUCUACUAUGUGGCGUUAAACAAGGAUGGCUCGCCUAGGGAGGGCAGCAGGACUAAGAAACACCAGAAACUCACCCACUUCUUGCCGCGGCCGGUGGAGAUCGAGAAGAUCCCUCAGGAGUACAGAGACGUAUUCCAGUACAGGUGACCAGCGCUCACACUGGGAGAACUGGUUACAUCUGGAUUCCCAGAGAUAAACAUAGAGGAAGAGGAGAAAGACUAGAGUGGGGGGUUUGGUGGAUAUUCUGGAUCUUGGGCAGAGCUGUUUACCCCUGAGCUCUUGCUGAGGUCAUAUGUGACCAGGACAUAAACAUUAAGCUCGAUCCUGGAUGUUUCUCAUCUGCUUCGGCUUUGGACUUCAGCGAAAAGGGGAACGCUUCCUCUGUGGAGGACUGAGCAGGAAAACCAAAUCAAGAUGCCAGGGUUUUUUCGUGUAGAGACUCGAGUGACGGCACACGGAGUGGGGGCUCCUUGUGUUUGUUAAAGCACAAACCUGAAACACUAAAUCUGGUGGCUAUGAGAGCUUCAGGAAGUUCCCUUUAGGAGUCCUGCACAUAUUUCCAAUAUCACAUAUAAGAAAGGUUAGGCUUGCUAAAUUUUUGUUAUAAUCAGGUACUUCACAAUCAGUACGCCAAUUAAAAACUACAAUGAGUUGAACUUCAAAGAUGGAAAAGAAGGGUAACAUCUUUGUUAAUGACUGUAGGACUGAUGAAGCACUUACCCAAACAUCCAAAGUCCCAGCUGUGGGUCUGGUCUGAACCUAAACAUCACAUUCAUCACAUUUAAAUGAAAGUAAAGCUCGGGACGUAAGCACUUCACCGACUGCGGUUUAAAGGAAUAACAGAUAAGUUCAGUUACAGGCUGGCGACAUGUAAUGUUCAAAGUGCUGCGAACAUUAUUAAAGAAAGAAAAUGCAAGCGUCUGAGGUGUACAUAUGGGUGUUCCUAUUUAUGAGAUGUACUAUAUAUUUAUUUUCUACAUAUUAAGUAUAAAUCUAAAUCUAUAUAUUUAUUUAUUGCAAAGAGUUUAUUUUGUAAUGAACGUGAAGAUAUUUGGACAGCUACUGAAAUGAGGCAAAAAAGAGAAACAAAAGAUUGAAGGACUGCAACAAACAUGACAAUAAAAUUGUCCUGCUAUGGAGAAAUUAUUGUGAGAGACUAUUUUUGCUUGGAUUAAAGUGUGAUGUACCAAUUAAAACCAAAUAUAUAAGAUA